AAGAAAUUAAAAGUACAGUUAAGUAUACUUACUCAAAUACUAUAUUCAAGGAAGUUAUUAAAAUUAAGAUAAGAGUUGGGUUGAUAGAAAAAAAUGGAUUAACCAAACUCACACAAUAAAAUCUCUCUCUUGCUCUUUGGCUCUUGUCAUGUUCCCUUUCUUGGAAGUGGGUAGCUCUAUAAUGUCUUGAUUGUAUAACAUUAAUUUUCUCUAUCUUCCUUUUUCUCAUCAUAUGAAUGAUUGAUCAAACCUUACACACAAAAAAAGACUAAUUUUUUUUCUUUUUUUUUUUGUGGUGUCUAAAAGCUUCAAGCUUUAAUUUAUUUGAAGUUCAGCUACCAAAAAUCCUUACUUGUUAACAUUUUUUUUGUGGGUAUAUUGAACUUAAUAUUUGGGGGUAUUUAAUUUAAAAAAAAAAAUUGGAAAAUGAAUGGGUUUUCAAAUCUUGAAGAAGAGCCCUGUGACUUUGUUGAAGUUGAUCCAACUGGAAGAUAUGGAAGAUAUAAUGAAAUCCUUGGAAAAGGAGCGUCCAAAAUAGUUUAUAGAGCAUUUGAUGAAUAUGAUGGUAUAGAAGUUGCUUGGAAUCAAGUAAAACUUUAUGAUUUCCUUCAAAGUCCUGAAGAUCUGGAAAGGCUAUACUCUGAGAUUCAUUUACUAAAAACAUUGAAACACAAGAAUAUUAUGAAGUUCUACACUUCAUGGGUUGAUACAGCCAAAAGGAAUAUUAAUUUUGUUACUGAAAUGUUUACUUCAGGCACUUUAAGACAAUAUAGGUUGAAACAUAAGAGGGUUAAUAUCAGAGCAGUGAAGCAUUGGUGCAGGCAGAUCUUAAAAGGGUUACUUUAUCUUCAUAGCCAUGAGCCACCAGUAAUUCAUAGAGAUCUUAAGUGUGAUAAUAUCUUUGUGAAUGGUAAUCAUGGUGAAGUCAAGAUUGGUGACCUUGGUUUGGCUGCAAUUCUUAGGAAAUCUCAAGCUGCAAAUUGUGUUGGAACACCGGAAUUCAUGGCCCCAGAAGUCUAUGAAGAAGAGUACAAUGAAUUAGUUGACAUUUACUCAUUUGGAAUGUGUAUACUUGAAAUGGUCACAUUUGAGUAUCCGUAUAGUGAAUGUUCUCAUCCUGCCGAAAUUUACAAAAAAGUCAUUUCUGGUAAGAAGCCUGAUGCACUGUACAAAGUUAAAGAACCAGAAGUACGACAAUUCAUCGAAAAAUGUCUCGCCACAGUUUCAUCGAGGCUCUCAGCAAGAGAACUUUUAAACGACCCAUUUCUACAAAUUGAUGAUUAUGAAGAUGAUUUACGGCACACUGAUUUUUGUAAUGAAUUUGAUGACCUCGGUUCUUUCAUUAGACAGCCAUUCCUUGAACAUUGCAACAGCAACAGCUCCUACUUGAACGGAUACUCCAACGGCUUUGAUUUGGAAUCGUAUGAGUGGGGUUAUCAUCCAAGUGAGAUUGAAAGCUCGGGUAUUGACUUAUUUGAUCACCAUGAAGAUGACCAUUCUCCAAAUGUUGACAUUACUAUAAAAGGAAAAAGAAGAGAAGAUGGGAGCGUUUUCUUAAGACUUCGAAUAGCUGACAAAGAAGGACGCAUCAGGAACAUAUAUUUUCCGUUUGAUGUUGAAUUGGAUACGGCUUUAAGUGUUGCGACCGAAAUGGUUGCUGAACUUGAAAUUACGGAUCAAGAUGUAAUCAGCAUCGCAGAUAUGAUUGAUGGGGAAAUAGCUGCGUUGGUACCUGGCUGGAAGAAAGGUCCAGGAAUCGAAGAUACGCCCUACUUUUCUGACAUGAAUUUGUGUCAAAAUUGUGUUUCUACGCAUACUUCGAUUGGCUCCUUGAUGGAUUUCAUGUCGAACAACCCUGGGACCUUCAACCCGGCCCUUUUUCAGUGUCCUAAUGGUUGUGCUGCUGCUAUUCAUGGUCGGUUCGAAGAGAUCACGUACCAAGUUGAAGGGUCCGAGCAUCAUGUACCAGGACUAACCGAUUCGGGCCAAACGAAUGGUGAAAAUCACGCAGACACCGAUACAUGGGAUCACUGCGAAAGUGUGGAGUUUAGCUCACUCGGCUCUGGUGGAGUCCAUUCAGACGAAGAACGUGAAAAAUCGGGUCAACCUAGCUUGUCUAAGGGUGAGAACGGCUAUGAUGCAACUAAUAGAAUCUCGACUAAACCGCUGGGAAACUCACAUAUUUUCUCUAUGCUGCAGCCGAUGACACUCCAAUAUGCCGUCAUGAAUGAAAAUGAAAAUGAAAACGAUGCUCAAUGGGAGCUCCGGUGGCUUAAAGCCAAACACCAACUAGAGUCGAGGGAACUCAAGGAUCAUGAGCUCGGAAUUUCAUCAAAAUCUUCUACCCCAUGUUCAUCUCACGGAGGUCAGGAUCGAGCAGACUACAGGUUCUCGCGAUCUCUGUACCUUAACUUAUUAGAACACGAAAGAAGCAUCUUAUCGGAAUCAGAAAGUUUUCCGAAUUCCAAUAUUGAAGACAUCGAAAAGAGCUGCCCCAUUUCAAAAACCCCAAGGGUACGGAAUUGUGAGGCGAUGGAAGGUUCUUUUGAGACACGAAAUGUAGCUAUUACGAAGAACUUUACUGGUGCACUCUUACCAAGCGUGAUUCACAGGACGACAUCACUUCCAGUUGAUGCUGUUUAUAUCUGACAGUAUCAAACUUAAAAAUGAUAUUUUCCCACUUUGAUACCUUAUAGAGCUUAUGUAUAAUCAUAUCAAUAUCCCUAUUUUUGUUGAGAAAUUGGGUGAAGUUGUAGUAGCUAUUUAUGAGAUAUGUAGUCAAAUUUUUAGGCUUGUAAGAUCUAUUGGUGUUGCGGCAUCCAUGUAUAUUCAUAAUUUACACUAUUUAGUCAAUGAAAUAUCUACUUUAUGAUUGAUCAUUUACCAAAA